AUGUCUACCAACGUUGAUUGUGGAGGUGAAAAGCUUGCGUCUGUAGAUUUCGAGAUAUUCGGGAAUGUCCAGGGUAGGUAGGAAUACUAGGCUACCCAGCGCAUGUUCAGCUGGCUGCCUUGGGGAUCUGAGCCUGUAUGUAAAAACGUCAACUCACACAAUGCACACUGCCUGAAGUAGAUUCACUGAGUAGGCAAGUUUUGUUACAAUUUUCACUGUGCAACCGAAACAUAGCAUGCUGCUAUCCAUAUUUUCAAAUGCAAUUGUUUUCCUCUAUGGCAUGGUGCAAGUUAGACCUUUUGACUCCAAUGCAUUACAUUACAUUGCGUUGGAGUUAUUGAAUAUUGCUGAGGGGAAUUGAUCAAGGCAUGAAAUGCUGUAUCUAAAGACAAUUGAUCCAUUGCAAACUUAAUUCUCAUCCAAAAAUAACUUUACAAAUACAAAAAAUACACUUCUUCUCCUGGUCUUUUUGUGUGUAACACAGCUUCGAGACAAUGUUUUUUUUUUUUUUUUUGCCUUCCGAGAUUCCAUUAGCUCAGGAAGUGUCAUAGUUCAGGUACAUGUGCAACGCAAAACACCUCCAUUAGAAUCUGUUAAAACAGUGCACAGUAAGUGUAUCUUUUGUAUUUGUAAAAUUAUUUUGGGGUGAUAUGAAAGAAUUUCGGAUGUUUCCAAAACUCUAUUGCACGCGUCAGGACUGUUGUACACAGUGGCCGUGCUGUGGUCAAUGGCUUGAAUGAUAACCAAAGAGGGCUGGGUAUGGCCCCUUGGAUUCUCGACAGCUUCUAGUCUCUGAAAGCAGACAAGACCAGUGGAUCAAGUCAAUAAAGCAAGAUAUAACUAGUCUGGAAUAUUUCAAUAUGAUUUACCCUUAUUUAUUUUGUUUAUUUUGUUCUUACAGGUGUUUGCUUCAGAAUGGUGAGCAACUUAACUUACAUUUUCCUCAACAUGCAAAAGGCUAUUGCAUUUUUUUUAUAAUACUAAUUGAAAAUAAAAGUAGAACAAAAUAUAUAUUUUAAAACCCAUCACAUUCCAUUUUGAUUUGCAAUGUGUGUUAGUAUUUUCCAGUCUUUCAUCAACCUUUAUUCUUCUUGUGUUCUGUGUUCCAUACAUAUUGAUCAAGUGAAGUGUGUUAGUAUUUUCAUGUAGCCUACAUACUGUGUAGAGAAUUGGUUCAGUUUCUAAGAUACAUUGUACAGUGUUAUCUUUAUAAGAAGAUAACCCCAGUUAGUGCACUAAUAUUACACCCCUUGUGCUGUUUUUCCUUUGGUUCUGUGUUUUCCAGUACACAGAAGACCAGGGGAAGAAGCUGGGUGUUAAUGGCUGGGUGAAGAAUACAAGAGAAGGAACAGUCGUUGGCCAGGUACAGGGGCCCCAUGACAAGGUCAAUGAAAUGUAAGUCCACUCUGAGAUAUACAAUACAAUUCAUUAGACAGGACACGAUUCAAUGAACCACUCCAUUGCAAUGUAUAGGCAAUGUCUUUAUUUACAAACUACUGCAUACCAGAAGAGGCUAGUGGGAGGAGCUAUAGGAGGACGGGCUCAUUGUAAUGUCUGGAAUCAGACACCCGAGGGGCGGGUCUACCUGUUUAUUUACUUUAUUUUAUUUUUUACAGCACCCCAAUCUGUUGUGGGUGUUUUUACAUGAUACUGUGUAAAUACUGCAAUGCUGGUUCAAAGGAAUUUAGCCAUCAGCAUCACAACACUCAACCAAUAUGUUUUAUUUUCCAUUACCAUUUAAAGAAAUUUUGCGCCACAGAGAGACAUAACAUAUUAUAAACCUUAUUCUAAUCAUAAAGGCUCAUACAUGCUUUUAACAAGUAAUACCACUUCAUACUUGUAAGUAAAGUGUUUAAUGAUGCCUAUACUACAUGUAUCAAAUCAAAUUGUAUUUGUCACAAGCUCCGAAUACAACAGGUGUAGACCUUACACAGGUGAAGACCGGCUGACUCCGGUAAGACAAGCGGUGGCGGUCUGUGUAUAUUUGUAAACAACAGCUGGUGCACGAAAUCUAAUAUUAAGGAAGUCUCAAGGUUUUGCUCGCCUGAGGUAGAGUAUCUCAUGAUAAGCUGUAGACCACACUAUUUACCAAGAGAGUUUUCAUCUAUAUUUUUCGUAGCUGUCUAUUUACCACCACUAACCGAUUCUGGCACUAAGACUGCACUCAAUGAGCUGUACAAGGCCAUAGGCAAACAGGAAAACGCUCAUCCAGAGGCAGCGCUCCUAGUGGCCGGGGACUUUAAUGCAGGGAAACUUAAAUCCGUUCAACCUAAUUUCUACCAGCAUGUUAAAUGUGCAACCAGAGGAAAAAAAACUCUAGACCACCUUUACUCCACACACAGAGACACAUACAAAGCUCUCCGCUCUCCAUUUGGCAAAUCUGACGAUAAUUUUAUCCUCCUGAUUCCUGCUUAUAAGCAAAAACUAAAGCAGGAAGCACCAGUGACUUGGUUAAUAAGGAAGUUGUCAGAUGAUGCAGAUGCUAUGCUAUAGGACUGUUUUGCUAGCACAGCCUGGAAUAUGUUCCGGGAUUCUUCCGAUGGCAUUGAGGAGUACACCACAUCAGUCACUGGCUUCAUCAAUAAGUGCAUCGAUGAAGUCGUCCCGACAGUGACCGUACGUACCCCAACCAGAAGCCAUGGAUUACAGGCAACAUCCACACUGAGCUAAAGGGUAGAACCAUCAAACAGGCAAAGAGUCAGUACAGGACUAAGAUUGAAUCGUACUACACCGGCUCCGACGCUUGUCGGAUGUGGCAGGGCUACAAAGGGAAGCACAGCCGCGAGCUGCCCAGUGACACGAGCCUACCAGACAAGCUAAAUCACUUCUAUGCUCGCUUCGAGGCAAGCAACACUGAAGCAUGCAUGAGAGCAUCAGCUGUUCCAGAUGACUAUGUGAUCACGCUCUCCGUAGCCGAUGUAAGACUUUUAAGACGGAUUACCAGGACGCGUACUCUGAGCAUGCGCUGACUAAUUUGCAAGUGUCUUCAGUGACAUUUUCAAUAUGUCCCUGACUAAGUCUGUAAUACCAACAGGUUUCAAGCAGACCACUAUAGUCCCUGUGCCCAAGAACACUAAGAUAACCUGCCUAAAUGACUACCGACCCGUAGCACUCACGUCUGUAGCCAUGAAGUGCUUUGAAAGGCUGGUCAUGGCUCACAUCAACACCAUUAUCCCAGAAACCCUAGACCCACUCCAAUUUGCAUACCGCCCCAACAGAUCCACAGAUUAUGCAAUCUCUAUUGCACUCCACACUGCCCUUUCCCACCUGGACAAGAGGAACACCUAUGUGAGAAUGCUAUUCAUUGACUACAGCUCACCGUUCAACACCAUAGUGCCCUCAAAACUCAUCACUAAGCUAAGGACCCUGGGACUAAACACCUCCCUCUGCAACUGGAUCCUGGACUUCCUAACGGGCCGCCCCCAGGUGGUAAGGGUAGGUAACAACACAUCUGCCACGGUGAUCCUCAACACGGGGGCCCCUCAGGGGUGCGUGCUCAGUCCCCUCCUGUACUCCCUGUUCACCCAUGACUGCAUGGCCAGGCACGACUCCAACACCAUCAUUAAGUUUGCCAACGACACAACAGUGGUAGGCCUGAUGACCUACAACGAUGAGACAGCCUAUAGGGAGGAGGUCAGAGACCUGGCCAUGUGGUGCCAGGAUAACAACCUCUCCCUCAAUGUGAUCAAGACAAAGGAGAUGAUUGUGGACUACAGGAAAAAAAAAAAAGAGGACUGAGCACACCCCAUUCUCAUCGACAGGGCUGUAGUGGAACAGGUUGAGAGCUUCAAGUUCCUUGGUGUCCACAUCACCAACAAACUAUCAUGGUCCAAACACACCAAGACAGUCGUGAAGAGGGCACGACAAAGCCUAUUCCCCUUCAGGAGACUGAAAAGAUUUGUCAUGGGUCCUCAGAUCCUGAAAAAGUUCUACAGCUGCACCAUCGAGAGCAUCCUGACUGGUUGCAUCACUGCCUGGUAUGGCAACUGCUCGGCCUCCGACCGCAAGGUACUACAGACAGUAGUGCGUAUGACCCAAUACAUCACUGGGGCCAAGCUUCCUGCCAUCCAGGACCUCUAUACCAGGCGGUCAGAGGAAGGCCCUAAAAAUUCUGAAAGACUCCAGCCACCGUAGUCAUACUGUUCUCUCUGCUACCGCAUGGCACGCGGUACCGGAGCGCCAAGUCUAGGUCCAAAAGGCUUCUUAACAGCUUCUACCCCCAAGCAAUAAGACUCCUGAACAGCUAAUCAUGGCUACACAGACUUUUUUACUUAACACUUAUUUUUCUUAAAACUGCAUUGUUGAUUAAGAGCUGUAAGUAACCAUUUCACAGUAUGGUCUACACCUGUUGAAUUCGGCGCAUGCGGCAAAUACAAUUGUAUUUUAUUUUAUUUUAAAUGCUUACUUACAAACCCUUAGCCAACAAUGCAGAGUUUUUUAAAACUAAGUAAGAAACAUUAGCUAAAUAAACUAAAGGAAAAAUAGUAACACAAUAAAAUAACAAUUACGAGGCUAUACACAAGGGGUACCGGUACUGAGUCUGUGCAGGGGUACGGGGUUAGUUGAGGUAUUUAGGUAAUACAGUGAGGGAAAAUAGUAUUUGAUCCCCUGCUGAUUUUGUACGUUUGCCCACUGACAAAGAAAUGAUCAGUCUAUAAUUUUAAUGGUAGGUUUAUUUGAACAGUGAGAGGUAGAAUAACAACAACAAAAUCCAGAAAAACGAAUGUCAAAAAUGUUAUAAAUUGAUUUGCAUUUUAAUGAGGGAAAUAAGUAUUUGACCCCCUCUCAAUCAGAAGGAUUUCUGGCUCCGAGGUGUCUUUUAUACAGGUAACGAGCUGAGAUUAGGAGCACACUCUUAAAGGGAGUGCUCCUAAUCUCAGUUUGUUACCUGUAUAAAAGACACCUGUCCACAGAAGCAAUCAAUCAAUCAGAUUCCAAACUCUCCACCAUGGCCAAGACCAAAGAGCUCUCCAAGGAUGUCAGGGACAAGAUUGUAGACCUACUUAAGGCUGGAAUGGGCUACAAGACCAUCGCCAAGCAGCUUGGUGAGAAGGUGACAACUGUUGGUGCGAUUAUUCGCAAAUGGAAGAAACACAAAAGACCUGUCAAUCUCCCUUGGCCUGGGGCUCCAUGCAAGAUCUCACCUCGUGGAGUUGCAAUGAUCAUGAGAACGGUGAGGAAUCAGCCCAGAACUACACAGAAGGAUCUUGUCAAUGAUCUCAAGGCAGCUGGGACCAUAGUCACCAAGAAAACAAUUGGUAACACACUAUGCCGCGAAGGACUGAAAUCCUGCAGCGCCUGCAUGGUCCCCCUGCUCAAGAAAGCACAUAUACAUGCCCGUCUGAAGUUUGCCAAUGAACAUCUGAAUGAUUCAGAGGAGAACUGGGUGAAUGUGUUGUGGUCAUAUGAGACCAAAAUGGAGCUCUUCGGCAUCAACUCAACUCGCCGUGUUUGGAGGAGGAGGAAUGCUGCCUAUGACCCCAAGAACACCAUCCCCACCGUCAAACAUGGAGGUGGAAACAUUAUGCUUUGGGGGUGUUUUUCUGCUAAGGGGACAGUACAACUUCACCGCAUCAAAGGGACGAUGGACGGGGCCAUGCACCGUCAAAUCUUGGGUGAGAAACUCCUUCCCUCAGCCAGGGCAUUGAAAAUGGGUCGUGGAUGGGUAUUCCAGCAUGACAAUGACCCAAAACACAUGGCCAAGGCAACAAAGGAGUGGCUCAAGAAGAAGCACAUUAAGGUCCUGGAGUGGCCUACCCAGUCUCCAGACCUUAAUCCCAUAGAAAAUCUGUGGAGGGAGCUGAAGGUUCGAGUUGCCGAACAUCAGCCUCUAAACCUUAAUGACUUGGAGAAGAUCUGCAAAGAGGAGUGGGACAAAAUCCCUCCUGAGAUGUGUGCAAACCUGGUGGCCAACUACAAGAAACGUCUGACCUCUGUGAUUGCCAACAAGGGUUUUGCCACCAAGUACUAAGUCAUGUUUUGCAGAGGGGUCAAAUACUUAUUUCCCUCCUUAAAAUGCAAAUCAAUUCAUAAAAUUUUUUUUCUGGAUUUUUGUUGUUGUUAUUCUGUCUCUCAUUGUUCAAAUAAACCUACCAUUAAAAUUAUAGACUGAUUAUUUCUUUGUCAGUGGGCAAACGUACAAAAUCAGCAGAGGGAUUAUUUCCCUCACUGUAUGUACAUGUAGGUUGGGGUAAAUUGACUAGAUAAUAAACAGAGAGUAGCAGCAGCGUAUGUGAACAGUGUGAAUGUAUGUAUGUCCGUGUGUCUUGGAGUGUCAGUGUAGUAUGUGUGAGUGUGUGGGUAGAGUACAGUGAGUGUACAUGGAGCCUGUGCAAGUCAGUGCAAAAAAAUAGUAAUAAAAUGUAGUCAUACCUCAGAACAGUUACUUUGGUUGACACCAUGCAGCUACUUUAAUGUCAUCACACUUGGGAGAGCUUAACAGAGGGCAUUAAUUUUACUUAUUUUCUGUAUUUAAUAGAGAUAAUACCGCUGUAUAUUGAGACAAUAUACUACUUUGCCAGUAGGUGUCAUUAUAUCAUCCACCCAGACUAUUACCAAAUGGCAGGGUUCCCCAACUGGUGGCUUUUUUUUUAGCCAAUGUAUUUUUACAUAAAAAUAUUUUGGGGUUGGAUAUAAAAUACUGGAAAAAAAACAGCAAAUCAGCUCUAAGUGAUUUUAUUUAGAAAAUCUGUUCCAAAGUAUUCCCACACAUAAUAGAUCCAACCCCAAAAUAUAUGUGAUCGUAUACAAAGUUUGAAGGUGUGCAAGGUUUGAAAUUAUUAUGUGUUUGUGCUUCUUGCGGUCAAUUUGCAGUCUAAAAAUUAUUUUUUAUUAUGAUCGGGCCCCCUGACCAUCCGCUCAAGAAGGAGUUGGCACGUGUCUAAAUCUAGUUGAUGAUCCUUGCCCAUGGAAUACUCUAGAGUAGAGCUCCCCAUGCCUAGUCACAGGCUGUGGCCUGAUUCUCUAUCCCCAAAGUGUGUGCUCACAAACUCCCCCUCAUGGAUUUAAAAGGAAUGGACUGGUGUAUGGUAGAAACUCCCUCUUGAAGAAAAGGAGGGUGAUAUGCAUAUCAUAAACCUGCGAAUACCGGUGCUGGACUAAAUAAUAUUACUGAGAUAAAGGAAUGAGAUGCCCGCACACAGAAUAUGGCUGCUCCCCAGUGCGUUAUUCCUGCACCCAAAUUUAUUGUGUAUUUGGGUGCAAAAAUAAGCACUAGGGAGCAGAAAUAUUCUGUGGCUGGCCUCUCAUUCGUUUAUCUCAGGGAACUCCCCUUUGCCCAUGCUUGCACCAAUCCAAUGCUUUUAAAACCUUGAGAGGGAGUGGAUGAGUGCACACUUCAGGGGAAAGGCUAGAGAGACACAACAUAGAAUCUCCCACUUUGUGUACAGAGCUACAGGGUAUAUCUGAAUAGAUUAAGAUGGCUUUCUCUCCUUGUCUCUUCUCUAUUUUACAAGGUAAACAAGCUAGUUGUAAGCAAUAUGCCACUUUUGAUAUGUUCUGCCAGUAUGCGUGCCCUUCCUCCACCCUGCCCUGGGUAUGGGUACAAGUUUCCCUUAGGCACAGAUCUAGGAUCAGCGUACCCUCCUUAAAUCCUAUAUUAGCAGGGAGGGAUGCAAAACUGAAGGAUGCUAAACUGACUUCAGAUCAGUGUUGAGGGGCAACUUCAUCUUACUACUUCCCUGACCUGCUUGGCGGGUGUGGCUCAGCCUGGAGUUCCUAAAACCGAGGCACAUGGGAGAUUAAGUCAGCCUGGGUCGAGCUGUGGAUUACAUCACCAGGUUCUCUACGAACUGGGAAAUGGGAACAAGACGUGCUGGAGAGGUGGAGGAGGGUCCAACCAGGGGCCAGCAGGGGAGUAUUGCCUUUCACAAAGCCUGACCUCGUGUGUGUGUGUGUGUGUGAUUGAUUGCAAUGGAUCGUCCAAAUCCUUGGGCUUGUUUCUCAUUUCUAUUGUAUUGUGACUUGCAUAAUAGUAAAUGAGGUAUGUGAUGAAAAAUGGUAGAUUAUAGAAACUACCCUAAACUACCUUAACAUUAAUCUCUCCGGGGAGCUCCUCCACCCAUUGGCUAUAGAGUAUUUAUCUAGCUCCAACAUUUGGGGGGAGGGGGCCUCUUGAAGUAUGUGUAUUUUUUAAUGUACACACUGCAGUGUUUGUAGUCAUUCAACUGUGCCUGAUAUUGCCAUUUGAGUGUUGAGCUUUUGCUGCACAAAAAAGCGUUCCUUUUCAUUCCGGCCUGCGAACACGAAAUGCGAGAACAGAAAUGUGUUUGGUCAUUAAAUAUUGAAACUGACAGAGCAUGCGUGGUUGGAAUCUGCUGGAGUCUGCCUGCCUUCCCCCCUCUUUUUUUCUCUCUCACUAGCAAUAUAUCUUUCCCCUGUCCUACUAUCCAGGGUUGGAAUUGCUAGAGUCUGCUGACUUAUCUCCUUUUCAUCACUUUAUCUUUAUUUUUCUGGGCCUUUUACCUGAAUUAUCCGUUUCAUUAGUGUGGAGAUAAGGCUAGCUUAAUUUGAACUAAUGCAAGGUGUUGUUGGAAUGUUAAAGAUCUCUCUAUGUCUCAAAGGGCUCUUGUCAAGCAGUACAUAAAGUAAUGGUACCACCUUACGAUGAAGGCACUUUACUGACUCAUCCACAAUGUGUAUCAGGACCAAACCAGUGAGAGGGUUGGAGCCUCCCAGUUCUUCCCUUGAAAACACAAUGAGCAGCAGCAUAGACUUGAGCACAUAGAUGGGCUCAACUUUGUACAUGGGGUGGGGGGGGGGGGGGGGGGGGGGGGGGGGGGGGGGUCAUUGACCAGUGGAUGUGGUAGAGUGAGAGAGAAUGAGUAUGUUUUCAAAGCUCUUACUCUCACCGCUAUAGAAAACGCAAAGGGGAAAGAGAGGUCAUAGACAUCCAAUAAAGGUCAUCCUCUGCCAAUUACUCAGAGAUGUGAGAUAGGGAAAUGUAAACAAGCAAGGGUGGGUGUUCUUAAAGGAUUCAUUUGGCUAAAUACCUCCCUCCCUUGGCAGCUAGCAGUGCAAUAAUUUUCCAAUUUCCCUGUUUUCUUUUGUUAGGGUUGGGUUUCCUGAAAACUGGGUAGAUCUAUGCACUUAAUACAUUGUUUAUAAUACUAUAAUAGCCUGUGUCCGAAUGUAGUACCUAUUUAAAAUGCUCUGUUUGUGUAUCUGUGUGGACUGUGAUUCAGAAAUGUGCUGUAGUAGUUUGUCAAAAAUGUAACGCAACAUGAAACAAUUUCAAAUAUUUUACUGAGUUACAGAGUUCAUAUAAGGAAAUCAGUCAAUUUAAAUACAUUCAUUAGGCCCUAAUCUAUGGAUUUCACAAGACUGGGCAGGGGCGCAGCCAUGGGUGGGCUGGGAGGGCAUAGGCCCACCCACUUGGGAGCCAGGUCCACCUGCUGGGGAGCCAGGCCCAGCCAAUCAGAAUUCAUUUUUCCCCACAAAAGGGCAUUAUUACAGACAGAAAUACUCCUCAGUUUCAUCAGCUGUCCGGGUGGCUGGUCGCAGAUGAUCCCGCAGGUGAAGAAGCCGGAUGUGGAGGUCCUGGGCGUGCGUGGUUACACGUGGUCUACGGUUGUGAGGCCGGUUGGAAGUACUGCCAAAGUCUCUAAAAUGAUGUUGUAGUCGGCUUAUGGUAGAGAAAUGAACAAUCAAUUCUCUGGCAACAGCUCUGGUGGACAUUCCUGCAGUCAGCAUGCCAAUUGCGCGCUUCCUCAAAAGUUGAGACAUCUGUGGCAUUGUGUUGUGUGACAAAACUGCACAUUUUACAGUGGCCUUUUUAUUGUCCCCAGCACAAGCUGCACCUGUGUAUUGAUCAUGCUGUUUAAUCAGCUUCUUGAUAUGCCACACCUGUCAGGUGGAUGGAUUGUCUUGGCAAAGGAGAAAUACUCACUAACAAAUUUGUGCACAACAUCUGAGGGAAAUAUUAUUUUUGUGCGUAUGGAACAUUUCUGGGAUCUUUUAUUUCAGAUCAUGAAACAUGGGACCAACACUUUAUUUAGUAGAUUUGUAAUUUUCAGUGUUUUUUCUGUUUUAUACACCUUGGUGUGUAUCCUAUAUUUACAAUGUCAGUAUUGAUAACAUUUUAGUUAUUUAUAUAGUUUAUUUGUCAGGGACAAUGCACAAUAAUCAACAUAUUCGACAGCACUGAGGUGUAACAGUGUCAGAGUUAACUAGACAGCAAUUUUUUAUUUAUUAGUGGGUGGUCUGUAUUUUCUAGGCUUUUUUAUCCUGUAUUCCCAAAGCUCAGACACUCUGUGCUCAACUUGAUAAUGCAUAGCCUAGUGUACCAUUAUUAGUCAUUUAGCAGACGCUCUUAUCCAGAGCGACUUACAGGAGCAAUUAGGGUUAAGUGCCUUGCUUAAGGGCACGUCGACAGAUUUUUCACCUAGUCGGCUCGGGGAUUAGAACCAGCGACCUUUCGGUUACUGGCGCAACGCUCUUACCCACUAAGCUACCUGCCGCCAGUAGAAUUACUUGUAUUUAAUUGAAAGGGAAAACAGUAGGGAAAUAUCAAUGCACCCUUGUAAGAGAGAAUGAGACAUCUCUUCCAUGGCAACGAUAGAUACAUCUCUCUUUUGUUGUUAGUCAAUUUCCUCCAUCCUAGCCUCCAACGCAAUAUGUUUUCCCGGCAGUCUCAACACAGACGCUCCUUGAAAAAAGCUUCCGACUGCCAGCCGGUGCGCCUUCCUGCUCACACUCAUCCAGUAAGAAUGGAGUGAUGGGCCCUCAGUGGACCAUAAUGCAUUUAGUGACCUCUUGAUUCACUAGAAUACAGCAUGAGGGAUUUAACGUACAGACUGAGAGGAAGGGCAAAAUAGGGCCUCUGGUGUUAGCUCAUUGCUUGCAUCCAUGAGACGAUUACAACCAACAUUAAUUGAUCCCAUUGUGUUUGCGUUAUGCUGGGGACGCAAAACAUGUGGCCUAUUACAGACAAAUCUUGUCUGUAGAUGGCAAUACAUAUUGCCAUGUCUGUCAAUGCAUUGACACCAGACUUGGGUCAAAUAGAUUGUUUUAUACAUUGCCUGCCCUUUUUUUUUUUUUUUUAUAUAUAUAUUUUUUUAUUGUUCAUAUUUUAUUUUUGGGGGAUAGAUCAGCUUUAAUAUUGCAGAUACAGUGGGGGAAAAAAGUAUUUAGUCAGCCACCAAUUGUGCAAGUUCUCCCACUUAAAAAGAUGAGAGAGGCCUGUAAUUUUCAUCAUAGGUACACGUCAACUAUGACAGACAAAAUGAGGAAAAAAAAUCCAGAAAAUCACAUUGUAGGAUUUUUAAUGAAUUUAUUUGCAAAUUAUGGUGGAAAAUAAGUAUUUGGUCAAUAACAAAAGUUUCUCAAUACUUUGUUAUAUACCCUUUGUUGGCAAUGACACAGGUCAAACGUUUUCUGUAAGUCUUCACAAGGUUUUCACACACUGUUGCUGGUAUUUUGGCCCAUUCCUCCAUGCAGAUCUCCUCUAGAACAGUGAUGUUUUGGGGCUGUCACUGGGCAACACAGACUUUCAACUGCCUCCAAAUAUUUUCUAUGGGGUUGAGAUCUGGAGACUGGCUAGGCCACUCCAGGACCUUGAAAUGCUUCUUACAAGGUUUUCACUCAAAAUCUCACGAUACAUGGCCCCAUUCAUUCUUUCCUUUACACGGAUCAGUCGUCCUGGUCCCUUUGCAGAAAAACAGCCCCAAAGCAUGAUGUUUCCACCCCCAUGCUUCACAGUAGGUAUGGUGUUCUUUGGAUGCAACUCAGCAUUCUUUGUCCUCCAAACACGACGAGUUGAGUUUUUACCAAAAAGUUAUAUUUUGGUUUCAUCUGACCAUAUGACAUUCUCCCAAUCCUCUUCUGGAUCAUCCAAAUGCACUCUAGCAAACUUCAGACGGGCCUGGACAUGUACUGGCUUAAGCAGGGGGACACGUCUGGCACUGCAGGAUUUGAGUCCCUGCCGGCAUAGUGUGUUACUGAUGGUAGGCUUUGUUACUUUGGUCCCAGCUCUCUGCAGGUCAUUCACUAGGUCCCCCCGUGUGGUUCUGGGAUUUUUGCUCACCGUUCUUGUGAUCAUUUUGACCCCACGGGGUGAGAUCUUGCGUGGAGCCCCAGAUCGAGGGAGAUUAUCAAUGUAUGUCUUCCAUUUCCUAAUAAUUGCUCCCACAGUUGAUUUCUUCAAACCAAGCUGCUUACCUAUUGCAGAUUCAGUCUUCCCAGCCUGGUGCAGGUCUACAAUUUUGUUUCUGGUGUCCUUUGACAGCUCUUUGGUCUUGGCCAUAGUGGAGUUUGGAGUGUGACUGUUUGAGGUUGUGGACAGGUGUGAGAGCCAGAAAUCUUGCUUGUUUGUAGGUGACCAAAUACUUAUUUUCCACCAUAAUUUGCAAAUAAAUUCAUAAAAAAUCCUACAAUGUGAUUUUCUGGGGAAAAAAAUCUCCAUUUGUCUGUCAUAGUUGACGUGUACCUAUGAUGAAAAUUACAGGCCUCAUCUUUUUAAGUGGGAGAACUUGCACAAUUGGUGGCUGACUAAAUACUUUUUUUUCUCCACUGUAUACAGGCCCGUCUGAAGUUUGCCAAUGAACAUCUGAAUGAUUCAGAGGAGAAAUGGGUGAAAGUGUUGUGGUCAGAUGAGACCAAAAUCAAGCUCUUUGGCAUCAACUCAACUCGCCGUGUUUGGAGGAGGAGGAAUGCUGCCUAUGACCCCAAGAACACCAUCCCCACCGUCAAACAUGGAGGGGGAAACAUUAUGCUUUGGGGGUGUUUUUCUGCUAAGGGGACAGGACAACUUCACCGCAUCAAAGGGACGAUGGACGGGGCCAUGUACCGUCAAAUCUUGGGUGAGAACCUCCUUCCCUCAGCCAGGGCAUUGAAAAAUGGGUUGUGGAUGGGUAUUCCAGCAUGACAAUGAUCCAAAACACACAGCCAAGGCAACAAAGGAGUGGCUCAAGAAGAAGCACAUUAAGGUCCUGGAGUGGCCUAGGCAGUCUCCAGACCUUAAUCCCAUAGACAAUCUGUGGAGCUGAAGGUUUGAGUUGCCAAACGUCAGGCUUGAAACCUUAAUGACUUGGAGAAGAUCUGCAAAGAGGAGUGGGACAAAAUCCCUCCUGAGAUGUGUGCAAACCUGGUGGCCAACUACAAGAAACGUCUGACCUCUGUGAUUGCCAACAAGGGUUUUGCCACCAAGUACUAAGUCAUGUUUUGCAGAGGGGUCAAAUACUUAUUUCCCUCAUUAAAAUGCAAAUCAAUUUAUAACAUUUUUGACAUGCAUUUUUCUGGAAUUUUUUGUUUUUAUUCUGUCUCUCACUGUUCAAAUAAACCUACCAUUAAAAUUAUAGACUGAUCAUGUCUUUGUCAGUGGGCAAACGUACAAAAUCAGCAGGGGAUCAAAUACCUUUUUCCCUCACUGUAUAUGGAGGCUGAAAAACCCUGACCUAGUGAGUUAUACAUGGAGGAGGCUUAAUCAAGCCCAUGACAGUUUGUUAGGUGUUGUUUUGACUUGGAAUUGUGGGCCUUUUCUCUCUCUGUAGGAAGAUGUGGCUGAGGAAGGUGGGGAGUCCCAGCUCACGCAUUGACCACGCCGAGUUCUCUAACGAGAGGGACAUCCCCAAACUGGAAAUCCAUGGCUUUGGCACUCACUACUGA